AUGCCUCGCAUGUCUGAUGACGAGGGCGACAUCAAGCCCAAGCUCGAUGCCUCUCACGUGGAGUUUACGGAGCAGGACUAUGCUCGCAACAUAAAUGCCAGAAUUCGCAACCCUUUGAUCGGCAUCGCGAAGCAAGACCUAAAAGUUCAGACUGACGACUUUUGUCAAACCUUUGGAUUCAACGGCAAAGAGGACGUUUUCUAUCGUGGUGCCCUCGCAGCCCAGAACCCAGAAACAUGGGAGCAGUUUGAGGAGAUGACCGACGACGACCGUCACUUUCUCCGUCGUGAGAUUACCCACAAGUGGCAUUUGCCCCGUCAACUCUACUACGCCAUCGCGAUCUGUUCUCUCGGCUCAGCCGUCCAAGGCUGGGACAAUACGGGUGCGAAUGGCGCAAACCUGUCUUUCCCCGUUGAGUUUGGAAUCGAGCACAGGGAGAUGCUUGUAGGUGCCAUUAAUGCGGCUCCUGCUCUCGCUGGUCUGUUCUCCGCCUGGGCGGCCGAUCCCGUCAACAACCUGCUCGGACGUCGCGGAACCAUCUUUGCCACCGGCCUGUUUGCUAUCUUUCCGGUCCUGGCUCAAGGGUUCGCACAGAACUGGUGGGGUUUGCUGAUCUGUCGACUCUUUAUGGGAAUUGGCAUGGGCAUCAAGAUUUCGACGAUCCCAAUCUACUCGGCUGAGGUUGCGCCGGCCAUUAUUCGAGGUGGCAUCGUCACGAGUUUUCAACUCUGUGUUGCAUUUGGCAUUUUCGUUGGCUUCUGUUCUAACCUGAUCUGGUUCCGCAUUGGUGAUCUCGCCUGGCGGUUUCAGCUCGCUGCCGCAUUUGCCCCUGCCAUUCCUGUCGUCAUCUUUGUUUGGUGGUGUCCGGUCCCCCCGCUGGCUCAUGAAGAAGGAUCGAAUGCAGGAUGCUUCAAAUCGUUCUGUCGCAUUCGCAACACUGAGAUGAUGGCUGCUCGUGACUUGUACUAUGCCCACUGUCAAGUGCGCGAGGAGAGGAAUGCCUUCGGGGGUAAGACGCUGCGCACACGAGUUAUGGAGCUGCUCACAGUUCCUCGCCUGCGCCGAGCGACUGUUGCGAGCGCUUGGAUCGUUAUCGGCCAGCAAUUUUCCGGCAUCAACAUCAUGGCUUUCUACUCUGCCACAAUCUUUGCCGAGGCUGGCUACUCCCCAAAGCAGUGCCUGCUUGUCUCGAUGGGUUUUGGGCUCAUUACGUUCGUCUUUGCGUUCCCGGCCGUGUACAUGAUGGACUCCUUUGGCCGCCGGAACCUGCUGAUGAUAACGUUUCCCAACAUGGCCUGGUGUCUUGUUGCCGCCGGAACGUGCUUCCUCAUUGACGAGAGCGUGUCUGCUCGAGUGCCCCUCAUCGCAUUUUUCGUGUUCCUUUUCUCCGCCAUGUACGGCCCGGGAAUUGGUCCGCUCCCUUCAAUUUACUUCUCCGAAUCUUUCCCCCUGUCGCAUCGCGAGAUUGGCGGCGCCGUGACUAUCAUGGUCAACAACGCGUUCAGCAGCGCUUUGACGCUUAGCUUCCCGUCUCUGCUCAAGAAUUUCGGUCCGACGGGAGCUUUCUGCUUCUAUGCAGGCCUGAACAUCCUGGCGUUCCUCGUCAUCUUCCUGAUUAUCCCCGAGACCAAACAGAGAACGCUUGAGGAGCUUGACUACAUUUUCAGUGUUCCCACUCGACGCCAUGCGGGGUACCAAGUGCGGACCUGGCUGCCUUGGUGGGUAAGGCGUUACAUUUUCUUCCGCAGGGAUGCCAAGCUCGAGCCCCUGUAUCACCUCGAUGCGCGUCAGGAGUGA